AUGUGCCGCGUGAGGUGUGAGGUGUGUGUGAGCUGUGUGUGUUAUGGCGUUUCAGACGUGUAUGUGAUGUGUAUGUGCCGUGUGUGUGUGAGAUAUUUGCGAUGUCUCCCAGGUGUGUGACACGCAGGUGUGUGAACCUGAGGACUGUAUAGAACGUGUGUGGGAGGGGUGUGUGAGAGGUGUGUACGUGUGUUUUGAGACUGAUGUUAACCCUGGGCUUUCUCGAAUUAAGAAAAUGCCCUCCUGUUACUAUUCUCAAAUAAUGCUUCUCUAGAAUACUUUGGAAACGCUAACAAACAACUUUUGCUUGGUUGCAGAAUGAACACGAAAGAGUAUAAUUCAUCUCUGGCGUUGGAAUUGUCUUACCCAGACUUGGUCAUCAACAUAGGAGAAGUGACUCUUGGAGAAGGAAACAGAAAAAUGCUACAGAAAGCUCAGAGAGACCAAGAGAAGGCAAGAGUUACACAGGCUGUGUGUGCUUUAUUAAACUCAGGAGGAGGAGUGAUACGGAUGGAAAAGGCCAACAAGGAGGAGCGUCGUGUGGAGUUGGGACUAGAUUUAGAACAGUCUUUAAGAGACCUUAUUGACUCCUCAAAUUUGCAGGCUUUCUUUGAGUUCGAUCAACCAGGAAGAUCUUUUUACAUUUUCGUUAAGUCUUGGAGCGGUCACCCUUUCGCUGAAGACAGUUCUGUGAGGCCCCGCAUUUGCAGCCUGAGUUCUUCACUAUACUGUCGAUCUGAAACUUCUGUGCUUCCCAUGGAUUCAAAAGACGCAUUUGAUUUCCUGAAGAAAAGGAAAGCAAAAAUCUUGGGGAAAGAACCUUCUGGUGAAUCUGUCAAUGUUUUAAAUCAAAACCUCAAUAAUUUGCGUCUUGCUGACUUAGUAUUCCAAAAAGACCAUAUUGAACAUGGUGAAAUCCUUCCUUUUCCUGAGUGUCAGUUCAUAGAGUUUAAACAAUUUGGUACAAAACACAUCCAAGAAUAUGUAAAAAGUAUAAUUCCACAGUACGUCUCAGGAUUUGCAAACUCUGGAGGAGGCUACCUUUUUAUAGGAGUGGAUGAUAAAAGUAGAGUCCUGGGAUGUGCCAAAGAAAACGUUGACCUUAGGUCUUUGGAAAGUGUAAUAGCAAAAGCAAUUUCCACGUUGCCCGUUGUCCACUUUUGCUGUUCGGAACCAGGGGUGGAGUACCGCACCAAAAUCAUAAAUGUGUUUAAGGGAAGAGAGUUGUAUGGUUAUCUCUAUGUGAUUAAAGUGCAGCCAUUCUGCUGCUCAGUGUUCUCAGGCAAUCCCAAAUCGUGGAUGGUGAAUGGCAAGGACAUCUGCAGCCUGACAGCCAAGAAGUGGGUAGGCAUGAUGACAGGUCCCGAGCCAGAGUUACUUUCAGACUUGGCCGAGGCUUUUGAAUCUCAGCUGAACCUGUCCCACAGGCCUCCACUUUGCAGACCGGUGUAUUCUAAGAAAGGUCUGGAAUGUAAAGCAGAUCUCCAACGACAUUUGUUUCCAGUGGCAUCAGGACAUUUGAGAUAUACUCCCGAAUCCCUCUGGACGGAGCUAUCCUCAGAGCAUGAAGGGCUGGAGGAGUUAAUAAAUAGGCAUAUGCAUCCUUUCUCCCAGGGAAUUUUGAUCUUCUCCAGAAGCUGGGCUGUGGACCUGAACUUGCACAAGAAGGAAGGAGUCAUCUGUGAUGCUCUGCUGAUAGCACAGAACAGCUCCCCCAUUCUCUACACCAUUCUCGGGGAGCAGGAGGCAGGGGGGCAGAGCUACUGCACCCGCACAGCCUUUGCUUUGAAGCAGAAGCUGGUGAACACAGGGGGCUACACCGGGAAGGUGUGUGUCAUGGCCAAGGUCCUCUGCCUGAGUCCUCAGUGCACCACAGAGUGCUUGGAGGGUGCAGUCUCUCCGAUAGAUUACCCCGGGUCCUAUAGCCUGGGAGACACCCAGCAAGUGGAAGCCUUGCUGCAGGCCCUCGUGAUUGUCCUGCUCGGCUUCAGGUCUUUCCUGAGUGACCAGCUUGGCUGUGAGGUUCUAAAUCUGCUCACAGCCCAACAGUAUGAGCUAUUCUCUACAAACCUCCGCAAGAACAGAGAGUUGUUCGUCCAUGGCUUGCCUGGCUCAGGGAAGACAAUCAUGGCCAUGAAGAUCAUGGAGAAGAUCAGGAAUGUGUUUCUCUGUGAGACACGUAGAAUUCUCUACAUCUGUGAGAACCAGCCGCUGAGAAACUUUGUCAGUAACAAGAAGAUCUGCCAGGCGGUGACCCGGAAAACUUUCAUGACAAAUGUCUUUGAAGAUAUUCAGCACAUCAUCAUUGAUGAAGCUCAGAAUUUCCGCACUGAAGAUGGAGAUUGGUACAGGAAGGCAAAAACCAUCAUUCAGCGAGCAAAGGCUUGCCCAGGAAUUCUCUGGAUCUUUCUGGACUACUUCCAGACCAGCCACUUGAGUUGCAGUGGCCUCCCCCCUCUCUCAGACCAGAAUUCAAAAGAAGAGCUCACCAGAGUGGUCCGCAAUGCAGAUGCAAUAGGCAACUUCUUACAAGAAGAAAUGCGAGUAAUUAGAAAUAAUCCUCCACAUAACAUCCCCCCUGAGUCCUUGGAGAUGCUUCUUGAAGCUGAAUGGUCUCCCAGUAUUCAGGGGUCCAUAACAAUUAAGACAAACUUGACGCUGCAGCAAAUAGUGACCUACGUGGCAGAAACCUGCAACUUACUAUUUAGAACAGGCUAUUCUCAGAAGGACAUUGCUGUGCUCGUCAGCACCGCGGCAGAAAUGGAGCGAUACAAGCAUGAGCUCCUGAGAGCAAUGAGGAAGAAAAGGAUCGUGCAGCUGAGUGAUGCAUGUGACAUGGUGGGUGAUCACAUAGUGUUGGACAGUGUCCGGCGAUUCUCAGGCCUGGAAAGGAGCAUAGUAUUUGGAAUCCAUCCAAGAACACCUGAGUCAGCCAUCUCACACAAUAUUCUGGUCUGUCUGGCUUCCAGGGCAAGACAACACCUGUAUAUCCUGUGGCAUGGUGAGUGUUAGGAAGAACUCCAAACCCACAUGGGAUGAGGCAAUUGCUAUGUAAACUUCUGUGAGUGAAAAUCUGUUUGCUAUUGGCAGAAACUUCCUUUUAGUUCACAAGUCAGCUAGAGAUUUGAGCACAGAAUUUGGAACUCCUCCUCUCCUCUGGCUCUCCUUUCAUGGGUUCCUCCCUCAACUCUUCUCAGCAAUGAUGGUUGCCCCACAUUCUGUGCCCUGAUUCUCCCAGCCAGAAAGAUGGUGGUUUCCUAUAGGAGCUUUAGGCACCCUACACAAUGCAGACCUGCGCCCUGUAGUCUGGGUAAAAGCCAUAAAAAAAGAAACUGUGGCUUUUCUUUGCAUAGAGAGGGAAUUCAUAGCAUGGGUUGAGAACAAAGAUUAGGAUAAAUUUGGAUAAAAAGUUUAUUUUACUUUUCAAGGGAGGAAAGGACAGGGCAUGAAUCAAACAGAGGUAUCUGCCCCAGUGUAGGGGGUCCUGGGUUGUUAUUGGAAUAAAGGGAAAAGAAGGGCCGGGCGUGGUGGCUCAAACCUGUAAUCCUAGCACUCUGACAGGCGGAAG